UAACUGCUGGUCAUCGGGCAGAAAGAGAGAGCGCUCAGGUUGGAGUAAAGCUAAUAAAGGUGUGGUUCAGAUUAGGGUGUAGACAGUCAGUUGGUUGGCGCUUGGUUGAUGGGGAACAAGGCAUUGAAAGAGAAAGUCUGUAUCGGGCUUCGAUCACCCUCCCGUUGACAUUUCUUACCAAACUUCGCUUGUAAGCACAACAUGUUGGCGCUAGAGUGAUGAGGUAACGAAGCAAAACAGAAUACUGUAAUUUCUAAAAGCUAGAAAGUUUUCUGGGGCCACAGAGAGGAUGUCUCAGCUGCUAAGACUUCUCUCGGCGGCUGUUUUGCCUCUCUGCCGGGCCAGAGGAGCCCGAGGUCGCACACUGGGUUCAGUUAGCUUCGCGGUUCGGGACUAUAGUUUUUUCAGUCAAAGUCAAGCUAAUUUCUCUUCUCGUCAAAGAACCUGGUUAGCUAAGCGACGCGUCUAUUCUACUGAGCCAAAAGAUGGAAAAGAAGGAACACCAGCAGGAGAUGGGGGAGGACGACCAGGUGGAGGAAAGAGAGGAGGUGGAGGGAAAGACUGGUGGAAUCGGAUGCAAAAGGGCGACUUCCCCUGGGAUGAGAAGGAUUUCCGCUACAUGAUGCUCACUGUUGCUGGAGUCAGCUCGGUGCUGCUCUACUUCUACUUCCGAGACACGGGCCGAGAGAUCAGCUGGAAGGACUUUGUGCACCGCUACCUGGGCAGAGGCCUGGUGGAGCGGUUGGAGGUGGUUAACAAACAGUUUGUCAGAGUCAUCCUGGUACCGGGAGCGGAUGCUGAGGGGAGUUAUGUGUGGUUCAACAUCGGCAGCGUUGAUACAUUUGAGAGGAAUCUUGAGGCUGCACACAUGGAACUAGCCCUGGAGCCGUCACACCGGACCGCGGUCAUCUACAGCUCUGAGAGUGACGGCUCCUUCUUGAUGAGCAUAAUUCCUACUCUGUUGCUGAUUGGCUUUCUGUUGUUCACACUCCGGCGUGGACCAAUGGGAGGAGGGAUUGGUGGGGGAAGGAGCCCCUUUAGCAUGAGUGACUCAACAGCCAAGAUGAUGAAGGACAACAUAGAUGUCAAGUUCAAGGAUGUGGCUGGCUGUGAGGAAGCUAAGCUGGAGAUCUUGGAGUUUGUGAACUUCCUGAAAAACCCACAGCAGUACCAGGACCUGGGAGCCAAGAUCCCCAAGGGUGCCGUUCUGUCUGGACCUCCUGGCACAGGAAAGACUCUGCUGGCCAAAGCCACAGCAGGAGAGGCCAACGUCCCCUUCAUCACAGUCAAUGGCUCCGAGUUCCUGGAGAUGUUUGUCGGGGUCGGUCCAGCAAGGGUGAGUGAGGGACAUGUUGCCAUGGCGAGGAAAAAUGCACCAUGCAUCCUCUUUAUAGAUGAGAUUGAUGCUGUGGGAAAGAGGGGAGGAAACUUUGGGGGACAGAGUGAACAGGAGAACACGUUAAACCAGCUGCUGGUUGAGAUGGACGGUUUUAACACAUCUACUAAUGUAGUGGUCCUUGCUGGAACCAAUAGGCCGGACAUCCUGGACCCUUUGAUGAGACCAGGACGCUUUGACAGACAGAUUUACAUCGGUCCUCCAGACAUCAAAGGCAGGGCUUCCAUCUUCAAAGUUCACCUGAGACCAAUCAAACUGGAUCCCAGUCUGGAUAAGGAUGCUCUAGCAAGGAAAAUGGCAGCUGCCACACCAGGAUUCACUGGUGCUGACAUUGCCAAUGUGUGCAAUGAAGCAGCAUUGAUAGCUGCCAGGCACCUGAGCCCCGCUGUCAACCCAAAGCACUUUGAGCAGGCAAUCGAUCGCGUCAUCGGAGGCCUGGAGAAGAAGACUCAGGUCCUGCAGCCGACAGAGAAGAAGACAGUAGCAUAUCAUGAAGCCGGCCACGCCAUCGUGGGCUGGUUUCUGCAGCAUGCCGACCCGCUGCUCAAAGUAUGGAGUGUCCAUCAUUCACGGGGGAAGGGUUUGGGUUAUGCUCAGUACCUGCCCAGAGAGCAGUACCUCUACACCAAAGAACAGCUGUUUGACAGAAUGUGCAUGAUGCUGGGAGGGCGUGUGGCCGAGCAGGUCUUCUUUGGACGAAUAACCACAGGAGCUCAGGAUGACUUGAAGAAGGUCACACAGUCGGCCUAUGCGCAGGUGGUGCAGUUUGGGAUGAGUGACAAGGUCGGGCAGGUGUCGUUUGACCUUCCCCGGCAAGGUGAGAUGGUACUGGAGAAGCCUUACAGUGAGGCGACAGCUGAACUCAUUGAUGAGGAGGUCAGAGGACUGGUGGACCGAGCGUAUGACCGCACCCUGCAGCUGAUCACCGACAAGAAGGACCUAGUGGACAAGGUAGGGAAGCGUUUGCUCGAGAAGGAGGUGCUAGACAAAGCAGACAUGGUGGAGCUGCUGGGUCCUCGGCCAUUCAAGGAGAAGUCAACCUACGAGGAGUUUGUAGAGGGGACAGGGAGCUUCGAGGAAGACACAAGCCUUCCAGAUGGCCUCAGGGACUGGAACCAGCAGAGAGGAGGGGAGUCGGAGGAGACAGAUCCAACCCAGGACAGGCAGCAGGCGGUGUAAGAUCUGAGGAAUCUGGAGAAACUCAUCCAGCUGGACAGAAAUACAUGAAGCUGCUGACUCUGAGUUUUGGUGCUUUAUCAGAGGGCUGUGCUGCAGCUAACAGUCAA